AUGGGGACAAGAGGCCUAUGGAACUUACGUUUUGCCGGGAAAUGGUAUCGCUUGCACGAACCAAGGAGCCGUAUCCGAUCCCCAAACGAGCCAGAAACUGUGCGGCGAAUAAAGUCUAUCAUAGCUUCUCUCGAUAACUUGGAAGAAUGGGAGCCAGUUUCCUUUCCCAGUCCGCUACAGUCGAAUUUGGACUACGUGUACACGAUCGAUGUCGACGCCGGAACCUUAACAAUAACACGAUGGGAGAGCUUUGAUGGCAUGCUUCAGCCUUUUCCGGGCCAGAUACCGCUAUCUUGUCUAGAUGGAUCUCAUGGCUUGACGCUGGAUCAAUUAACUCGGGUUCCGGGUGAGGUAUCAGAGCCCGAGGACGGAGGAGCGCCUACGACACCACAAGUCGUACUGGAUCAACUUCUUAUUCAUCCUGAGCCGCCCACAACACUGAAUGAGCUACAAUUCAGGAUUUCCCGUGACUUCUGUUUUAUAUGGCGAUUUUUCAUUGAUGAUCCAAUGACUUGGCGAUAUCCCUCUAUGGCAUUUAACACAAUUGCCAUUGGCCUUCUGCGUAUUGCAGCAUGGGAUCUUGAAGUAUCAUCCGACUCUGAAAUUGAUUAUCCAGAAAAUAGGGUAAAUUUUCCUUACUGGGACGCGCCCCAAACAGAUAUUUUCUGGUUCCACGGAUACCUUGUUGUGCUUCAUGGAAAUAUCAAUACAAAAACCUCAAUCUCGGCAGCUAUCUCCAAGGCUCAAUUCUUCCUUGAGGUUUCUCACAGGGAUGCCGCCCAUUUAAUUAUCUUAUCACUUCGACAUGUUGCAUUUGUUGAGGUCUCAUCCAAGUCUAUUUUGUGCUCUCAGAUUCUUCCUUUUCUUGUCAACAUGUCGGCUCGGCAAUGUUCCCCUGGAUUUCGAUUAUUGAGCUACGUUCUGACUUCAUCGUGCUGGAAACCAUCACUUGCCCGCAGGGAGCACCUCGGAUCCCAAGGGCGCAUUGACACUGUCACAGUCUUCCUUUAUUUUUCAAGAGCAGUAUUACUCAACAAUUCCGCAGAUUCAACAUUUUACGCUGCGAAGUUUUAA